CUUGGUUGAGACGUAAAAAAAUUCACGGAACAAAGAAAAUUUUCUGAAAAAUUGAAAAAAGGUCCGAAAAAGGACAAAAAUACACAGAAUGAAGUUGCCUUUUAAGAAAUUGCUGAAAAAGAAGGCAAAUGUCUCAAAAGGAGGCGCCAUUCUGGAUCAAGUCAUUGCGGAAUCAGCUGCCCCGGAUAAUAAGUGUUUGUUAUAUAAAUUGGCGAAUUUUAAAGGAGGCGGCGAUUUAAUCGAAGCAAUGCAAUCUGGAGGUCAAAUUGCCGUUGAAAAUCUCAUCCGGGAGCAAUUUGGGGUUUUCAUGUACAAAGGAGGUAAAGGUCAGAUUAUCAAUCGUGCUGAAUAUCUUCGAUGGAAGUACAAGGACAACACCGAGGUAACAAUUCCCAUUGAAGCAUCAUUGUCGUCACAUGAUCCGCUUUCGAAAUGGGUUGACCACAAAGCAUGUUGGCAAAUGCAAUAUCGCGGCUCUUUGGGCGAAAGUUUGAUUCAUGUUCUCGUAAUUUGCGAUACGAAAAUGCAUACGAAGCUUGCUCGGAUUCUGCUGAGAGUUUUUCCCGAACAAGCGAUCGACAUCAUGGAAGGCGAGGAAUAUUUGGGAGCAAGUGCGUUGCAUCUCGCGAUCGCUUAUAGCAACAAUGAGCUCGUAAUUGACUUGGUAGAGGCGGGAGCGAAUAUUAACCAAAGGGCGAUCGGGAGAUUUUUCUUGCCGAAAGAUCAGCAGAGCAAUAAGCCGAAGAAAAAUACGGAUUAUGAGGGUUUGGCUUAUUUGGGAGAAUAUCCGCUGGCAUGGGCAGCUUGUUGUAGUAAUGAGUCCGUUUAUAAUUUGUUGCUGGAGCAUGGAGCGGAUCCCGAUGCUCAAGAUAAUUUUGGAAAUAUGAUUUUGCAUAUGGUGGUUGUUUGCGAUAAAUUGGACAUGUUCGGUUACGCCCUCCGUCAUCCCAAAUACCCAUGCAACAAUGGCGUCGCAAAUUACGCUGGCCUAACCCCUUUAACACUCGCUUGCAUGCUCGGUCGUUCCGAAGUCUUCAAAGAAAUGUUGGAACUUUCUGCUCGCGAGUUCUGGCGUUACAGUAACAUCACUUGCUCCGCGUAUCCCUUAAACGCUUUGGACACUAUUCGACCUGAUGGGAGUACAAAUUGGCAAAGUGCGCUUUUCAUCAUCCUCGAGGGAACGAAACAAGAACAUCUCGACAUGCUCGAUGGCGGCAUCAUUCAGAAACUUUUAGAGGAAAAAUGGGACACUUUUGCACAACGGCAAUUCAGCAAGCGACUUCUUAUCCUGUUCGUGCACUUAUUCUUUCUUUCGUGUUCCGUUCAGUUGCGAAAACCCAGAAAUCCACACGCUACCGAAGAAGAGGCCGAAAUUCCGCACGAAAAUGACUGGAUCGAUGUCAGUCGGUACUUUUGCGAAUGCGUAACUGUGCUGGGCGUCUUGAGUUUUGUCAUUUUUCAACAAGGAGACGAACUCAAAAAUCAAGGAUUGAAGGCUUUUUGCAAGUCUUUGAAAUCCGCACCGCCUAAAUUUGUGUUUUUAAUUUCAAACUUGGCGAUUUUGGCGGUUAUUCCAUAUCGCAUCAUGGGUGACAUUGACACGGAAGAGGCUUUAUUGAUUUUUGCGUUGCCCGGAAGUUGGUUCUUGUUGAUGUUCUUUGCUGGAGCGAUUCGUCUCACUGGACCUUUCGUAACGAUGAUUUUCUCCAUGAUCACGGGAGAUAUGUUGACCUUUUCCAUCAUUUAUUUCAUCGUGUUGUUCGGAUUUUGCAAUGCUUUUUACUUUUUGUACAAAGGGCAUCCAGAAGUUGAAGAAACCGGAUAUUCGACGUACAUGAGCACGUGGAUGGCAUUGUUCCAAAUGACUUUGGGCGAUUAUGAUUAUUCCGAGUUCAACGAUUUGAAAUAUGCAAACAUGGCAAAAACCGUUUUCAUCAUCUUCAUGAUUUUCGUGCCCAUUUUGCUACUUAACAUGUUGAUUGCUAUGAUGGGCAACACCUAUGCCGCCGUUAUCGAACAGUCCGAGAAAGAAUUCGUCAAGCAAUGGGCUAAAAUUGUCGUUUCUCUCGAACGUGCUGUCCCGAAAGAAGAUGCCAAAAAGUAUCUCGAGACCUAUUCGAUUCCCCUAACUGAAGACGAACGUGGCGUCAUGGUUAUCAAAAGCAAAAGUAAAACUCGCGCGCGUCAACGCAAAGGAGCCGUAGGCAACUGGAAACGCGUUCUGAAAGUAACGCUCGGCGAAUUGAAGAAAAAAGGAAUGUCUGGCGAGGAAUUACGUCGCAUCAUGUGGGGACGCGCCUCGAUCACAAGUCCCACGAAAAUUUCGAAGAAAAAGAAGCGCGAAAUGGACAUGGCGAAUGAAGAUCCCUUCGGACUUACUGCAGCUUUGGAUCAAAUGUCGUACACGCAGGACAUUUUGAUGAUGGAACAGGAAGAAGUUGUCAUUGAUCCGGUUAAGAAACAACCGAUACCGAAAGCAGCGCCCCCUACCGACUCAAAAGCUGGCGACAACAUGAUGACACUUAUGGGCGACUUGAAGGAUUCGCAAGUACCUGGCACAGCGCCAUCUACGACGCCACACACACCAAAAUCGGGAGUUUCUUUGUCAUAUUCGGGCGGAGUUGAUUUACACUUGCACUAUAACGAUCCUUUGCGUGAAUUGAUUAUUUUGACAGAAAACAAGGACGCCGAUCCAAACGACGAAGCUUUCUGGAAUCGCUUAUUGAGACUUGCGGAAGAAGCGACUUUGCUGGAUCACAUUGAGGAGGUUAAGGAAUGUUUACGACUUUCGGAGGCACAGAAACAAGAACAGAAAGCUGCAGAAGUUCAAGCUGCUGUUUUAUUCCAAAACCCCAAAGACAUCAUUGAUCCGGUUAAAGAAGCGGAAUUCAUGAAAACUUUACAAGCUUUGGUCGAAAGUGACAGCGAUGCCGAAAAACCAGUUUUAGGUAAAGGAUCUCUCAUUAGACGCGCCAAAUCCGCAGUUUCUCGUCGUUCAUCGUCAAAACAACGCAAAACCGAUGAACAUCCCUUAUUCAAGAUCGCAUGGGAAGAACAACAAUUAAGCGCGGGAAUCUUCAAUUACACGUACGACGAUUUGAAAACGCCGCAAGAUGACACUAUGAUGGAUGUCGCCGAUCAAGAUUACGACGAAGCAACUGUCGCCGAUGAGGUUUUGGAGCCAGAUCCUGAACCAAAAUCCGAUGUUCAAAGCGAAUCUUCGAGUGUCAAGUCGAAAAGUCGUCGUCGACGGGGAAGAUUUUCACGAAAUAAAGUGUCGCCGCAAUCUUCUGACGACGGCGACAAUACAAGUCAACGACGAGUGAAGACAGCGCCCCCACGUAACAACGGCGAAGACGAGGACUCUCCCCCAGAUCCGCUUGAACCAUGGAGUACCCGUGACUUGAUGAAUAUCAACCAGAUUUUGGAUCAAAAUGAUAGUCCUCUAGUUGGAGACGAGCCCAUUCCGGAGCCUCAUGAACUUCUAGAUGACGUUGCAGAAGAAGCUCCGGAAGAAUAAACUCAUUUCUCGCUCAGAGAAAAAAUAGUCGAAAAAUAGCAAAAACUCACAUUUAAUAAACUCUUUAAUAGU